AUGGUUUCAACAUCCAUUAUUAUAUUAUGUCCAGGCCUACUUGCCCUUUUAAGCAUAAGUGUAUCUGGCGAUUCUCCGAUUGAAAAAAAGAAAAAUAUACUCUUUGUAGUCGCAGACGAUUUAGGUUGGAAUGAUGUGGGAUGGAAUAAUCUAGAGAUGCCAACUCCCAAUUUAAACUUCUUAGCGCAAAAUGGCAUAAUACUUAACCAAUCAUAUGCUCUACCUAUAUGCACACCAUCCAGAACGGCUUUUAUGACGGGAACUUAUCCCUAUAAAUUGGGAUUACAAUCAAAUGUUAUAGAACUACUUCAACCCAAUGCCAUUAGUCUAAAUCACACAUUGCUUCCAUCAAGACUAAAGCGACUAGGAUAUUCUACCCAUAUGAUUGGAAAAUGGCAUUUGGGGUUUUGCAACAAAAAGUUUGUUCCGAAUUCAAGAGGGUUCGAUUCAUUUUUUGGAUAUUACUUAGGAGGCCAGAACCAUAUAUACCAUAAUACUUCUGGUGUACUGGAUAAUGGUACUCGAUUCAGUGGAUACGAUUUUCAUAAUAAUUAUGAACCAUACCCUCAAGCCAUCGGACUUUAUUCAUCAGAAAUUUACACAGAAAAAACUAUAGAAAUUAUAGAGAACCACGAUAACAGGAAGCCUUUUUUCAUAUAUCUAGCGUUCCAAAACGUUCACAGUCCUCUACAGAUACCAAAAAAUCGUUAUGUACCUAGUUGUCAACAUAUUAAAAAUGAAGAUAGAAAAAUAUACUGUAGUAUGGUGGCAUACGUUGAUUUAUCGAUGGGCAGAAUUGUGAGAGCUUUACAAAGGGAAAAUCUUUAUAAUGAUACUUUGAUAGUUUUUACAUCUGAUAAUGGUGGUCAAGUGUUGCAAGGUGGUAACAACUAUCCCCUAAGAGGUAACAAAGGCACAUUAUGGGAAGGCGGAAUACGAGUCGCGGGUUUUAUUCACGCCAAAUUUCUAAAAUUGAUAAAAGGAUAUGUUAGAAAUAAGUUAAAUUCACAUUUAUAA